AUGCCUUUGUUUUCUUACCCCCGUGACCUCCUCUAUCAUCAGUUCCUGAAAUCUAGUACCCGCAAUUUCGACACUCCAUCAGAGCAGUCAAGUGCUGCCUGUAGCAAGAUAUCACACCCAUCAUCUCAACCACCUCCUUUUGCUUGGGACGUGCAGUCAGCCUGUCGAUCCAUUAUUCCAGCACUAGAAUUCAUUUCCGAGAAUUUAGCAAAGCAUGACCUUCAGAUCGCUCUCCUUGUCUCCGAGCAAGAGCCGUUUGUCCUACCUGUCUGGCAGCUUCCACAAACGUCUCAAUGCUUGCUCACAAGACUUGUUCGAAAAGCAUGUAUCAGAUACAGUGUCGACCUUGGCUGGAUGACCGCCCUGGCCUCCUCUGAAGGCAAACAAGAAAUGUCUGAAUUGUUUGAUACCCACACGCCAGACUCCUACAUCAUUCGGCGUUCACUGUUACAAAAUGAAGUCGUCUUCACGGGCGAAGGCCUCACUCUCUUGAGCUUCGACCACAUCUACACUUUAAAGCAACUUCUGUGGCCUCUUUCGAACAAGGAAUUGGCAACUUCUUCCCGAGAGACUUGCCUGUCAUCCUGCAUUCACCUUCUCCACCGGAUCAAUAACAUUCACAAUGGCAACAAGUUCUCGAAAGGCUACAUGAGUCGUGUGUACCUUGACAUUCCCUUCCAAGAAGCCUUACUCGACGAGGUGAUGACAGAGUACGAUACCACAUUCUGCACAGCGAGCAUACGGCGCAUCGACUCCGACUUGUCCUUCACCAUAUUCUGCGAUAGUCCCAACGCUGUGAACAACCAAACUAAGCCAGCCCCAUCGCCUCCUGAGCCGAUCCCUGAAUUGAAGGAGGAUACUGCGCCGGCUGAGCUAGUCAGCCCAAUUGCCUCCAUUGACAAGCAGUCGCUGAUUCCCUGGAAACUGGACACCGGAUUCUCCACCCACACUGCCGCUCGGCCAAUUGAACUCCCUAAUGGUGUUGGCCACAGUAUCAAUGCAAUCAAAGCCCCAAAGAUUAAUCGACCAAUUGCAUCAGUAUUGCGCGCGCAGGGGGCAGAGCUCGCCUUCAUCACCCCAUUCACAGCGAAGGCUCCCUCUACGGUGCAACGAUACGCCAAAUCUGUCCCUUCACCACCUUCGAUCCCCCUGCCAAUACCAUUAUCGACCCCAUCGUUAAAUGCCAGAGAUUCAUUGCCUGAUACCGUCUUCUCCUCACCUACAACACAGACCUCAUCACUGGAUCAUACCAUAAGCCCUAGCCCUCUCAACAUCAUCAAGCGUGCCAGCAUGGAGCCUACACCCAAAACCCUCCCCUCAACCCCCUCACCUCCACCUGUACCACGCCGCCAUCCAGACCACAAAAAGAAAGAAAUAGUCGCACGAGAGCAGGAGACAACACUCGCUGUGCUAGAAGAAAGCAUCUCAGGCGAAGAAGCGGCCGAAGAGGCCGAUCGGCUGCAAUGGGAGGAGGAGGAACGGGCACGAGUGGAAGAAUUUGAGAAGACUUCUAGGGAUAUCAUUGAGAGUUGGACUAGAGGUGUGGAAGGGUUAGGAAUAGAAGAGGGAGAGGUCGCUGGCGCUGUGGAGCAAGAGGUCGUGUGCUCGAGAUGCUAUGAUCUGGUGGAGACAGGGAGGAGGUAUACCAUGUGUUGUUGA